GCAGAUAGCCGCACACACCAGGCUCUAGUUAGGGUUUUGGGCUUCGACACAGAAGAAGAUGGCGGCCCCUCCGGAGGGACCGGCGAGAGUGGCAACGGGGACACCUGCGUCGACGUCCAUGCCCACACCUGCAGCGGCGAUGGCACUUACGUGCAACACGGUAACACCUGCAUCGGUGCGCACACCUCCUUCCACGAUGUCCAGACCCAAGGCGACGAUGUCGCUUUUUCGGACACCUUCAUCCAGGACGGCGACACCUCCUGCCGAUGAAGAUGGAGGUGACGCUAGCCAAGGACAAGAAAGCCACCGGCGUUCCACUCAGACAGAUGACAACUCGGAACAGACAUGGACUAUGUCUUUCAUUUGCAAGGGGGCACCCGGGGGCCAAGAAUUUGCUCAGUAUACAAUAGACAGGAAUUCAAUCACGUUUGGUAACUUAAUAACAAUGAAAUCAAAAUUGGGGUAUGGUGCCAGGGACUACUUGUACUAUAAGAGAAGAUGUGGAAAUGCUAUAGCAACACUAAACGAGAUCGAAUAUGAUGUUGAUGCAAAUGCAAUGUUAUCAAGUAAUGCAGAGGAGAGGGAGGUCAGAUUAGUAUUAUCGAGGGAUCAAAUAACAGAGCGAAAUGUGGAGAUAACACCCAUUAAAUUGCCAAGAAUGGCAACAGUUAGUGAAGAUUUCACAGAUGAGUCAAUUAAUGAUUACAAGGUGUGGCUUAACAAUAUGCAUGAAGAGGGCCAAUGCAUGGAUUUUAAAGAUAUAUACAGGGAAGACACGGUCAAGACUUAUAAAGAAUGGUUAAGGGUGCAAGGACAACUUGAUGAUAUUAGUAAUAUAACAACUUUUUGCAAAAUGUCAACCAAAUUAUUAUCAAUCCUUCGCAAACCAUUUAUAUCUUACACAUGUGACCUAUUAUCUUUAGGUGCAUAUGACAACCAUAGGAAUCACAUAGAUUUACUAAAUUCAAGUCAAGAUAGCAAUCCAACACCACUUUUGAACCUACCAUCUCAUGCUCGGCGUGAGAAAACACUGGGAAAUAACUCCCAAAAGAGGAAGGCACGAGGUACCAUCAAAGGAUUGGCAGCCAUGCACAAGAGAUCCAAACAAGGCAGUCAGAAGCUUAAACUCCAAUUCUCUAGACUUGGAGGAGCUGCAGGUGAGAACACACGCACAUUUACUGAUGAAAUAGUAGUGUUUACUAGAAAAAAAGCACUUAUCAUUGGAGUGAGAACAUGGAGGGAUAUCCACGAAGAUGUAAAAAAAUCAAUAGCAUCUGAUAUGAUGCAUAAGUGGGACAUUGAGGAUAAUGAGGAAAAUAGAAAAAAGAUAUGGACCAUCGCAAAUGAGCGUUACAAAGGAUGGCGGUCCACAUUUAGUGCUACGUACAGGGCGUACACCACCUAUGAUGAGAGAAUGAGACACAAGCCUGAAGAGUUGGACAUUGUUGAAUGGCACUAUCUGGUGUUGUAUUUUGGCAGUGAAAAAUUUCAGAGGAUUAGCAACAAGAAUUCUCAGAAUCGGCAGAAUGUAAAGAUACACCAUUUGACAGGAUCAAAGUCCUUUUCUCAGUGUAGCUUUGAACAGAGGGACCCAUUAACUGGUGAUGAGCCAAAUGAUUUGGAGCUUUUUAUGUUGCGCAAAGUAAGAAUGGGCGAUGGACAAGCCAAGAAUCUAGGAAUGUCUAUGAUAAUGCAAGCAGCAAAAUUUUAGAGAGGGAAUCAAAUGGAGAUGCAAACAUCAUCUCAGAUGUGGAGCAAAACCAGAUUUUCCAGUCAGCCUAUAAGGAAACAAGAAAAUGCAAAUCAGCCAAGAUCCUUGCUAAUGGAUACUUGGCAAGGUACCCAACAAGAAGGCAGCUACUCUCUGAGGAAUACCAGUACCACGUCCGUCAAGAUGCGGCACUCAUGGACGCAUUUUCAAAGCUACAAGAAAGAAUUGAAGCUCAAGAGGCUGAAAGGGAGAUCGAAAGGGAAGAACAUAGGCGUCAGAUGGAAGAAAUGUUGAAGUCAAGAGAGGCCGAUAGAGAAGCACUUAGGCAAGAGUUUAUGUCAAUGAUGCAAGCAGCACAAGGACAAGCAUCCUUACAACAGGCUAAUAAAGAUGGGGAACAAAUUGCAGAGGUUGCUGCUACAACAAACAUGGUGGAAGGAAACGUAACUACAGAAAGUGAAGAAAUAUCACAUCACCAGGAUAACCUAGGUAGCAGCCUGCCACUAACACAGCUCGCAGCUACCGCACCGGCAGGUACAAGUACUACUUGCACAACUAGGAGUGCUGCAAAUAAGUCACAAACAGCCCAAAACAAUGGAGGGAACAUGAAUGUUAGUUUUACUACUACAAAAGCACUUAAGGAUAAUGCAGCUAAGAAACGAGCAUUAUCAUCCAAAAGGAAUCAACAAGCUAGCAAUGCACAGGAGCAAGAUAGAGUUUGACAGGAGCGCUCAAGUGAUGGGAUGGUCAAUGUCAAGCCAACCAUUGUUACAGUGCUACACAUAGCUCGUUACAUUUUGAUUUGUUCAUCCUAGCUUAGUGUGUGUCGGACACCUUAUGUGUUUCAGUUUUGUGUGUGUUAUUGACUAGCUUUGAUAUUGGAUGGUUUAAUUGAUGAUGUGGACAAACAAAGGAAAUUUUGGUUUAAUGGAUGUUUGAUUGCUUCAUUCA